AUGCGGCGCUUCACCACUUCGACCGGCCGUCUCAGCACGGCCGCACACGCGGUCCCUCCGACGAGUCUCAAGUCCUCACUGCUCCUCCCGCGCACAUCGUUCCCGAUCCGGCCGUCAACAGACGUCUCACAGCACGCCUCUUUGCUCACACGCUCGACGUCGGAGGUGUACGCACUGCAGAAAGCGCGGCGAGGAGGUGUGAAGGAGAAGGAGGAGAAGGAGGAGAAGGAGGACUUCGUCCUCCACGAUGGCCCGCCCUACGCCAAUGGCGAGCUGCACAUGGGACACGCCAUGAAUAAGAUCCUGAAGGACGUGGUGAACCGCGUGGCCGUGCUCGAGGGGAAGCGCGUCACGUACAUUCCCGGAUGGGACUGUCAUGGCUUGCCGAUUGAGCUUAAGGCACUGCAGGCUGGCGCUGGCGGUGGGAGCGUGACGGAUGCGGUCGAGAGGGGGAAGCGCAUGACGCCGCUGGAGAUACGAAGGCAGGCGAGGGAGCUGGCGGCAGCGACGGUCGAGAGCCAGCGGAAGGGGUUUGAGAGGUGGGGUGUCAUGGCGGAGUGGGAGAAGGCGUAUAAGACCAUGGAUUGCGCGUAUGAAAUCUGCCAGCUGGAGGUGUUCAGGGAGAUGGUGGGAAGGGGGCUGGUGUAUAGACGGUUUAAGCCGGUGUUUUGGUCGCCGAGCUCGGGCACGGCGCUGGCGGAGGCGGAGCUCGAGUAUAACGAGAAGCAUGCUAGUAAGGCCGCGUUCGUCAAGAUGCCGCUGCUGGGUGAGGUCGGUGGGGAGGGGGAAGUGAGUGUGGCCGUGUGGACCACUACGCCGUGGACGCUGCCCGCGAAUAAGGCCGUUGCAGUGGGGGAGGAGAUGCUGUAUGCGGUUGUAGCUACGACGAGUUACGGGAAGCUCUUGGUAGCGGAGGAGAGGGUGGAGUAUCUACGGGGUGCCCUGGAAGGGGAGAAGCUAGAAGUGACCAAGAGCGGAAUCAUGGGCGCCGACUUGGUUGGGCUGACAUACACACACCCGCUCCUCCCAUCGGACACCCCCGCGCACCCGAUCAUCGCCGCAGACUUUGUUUUGGCAGACUCGGGAACCGGACUGGUCCACCUGGCACCUGGACAUGGAAUGGACGACUACCUCGUCUGCCAGAAGCACAACAUCCCGCCGUUCUCACCAGUCGACAACAACGGCCGCUACACCACCGAUACUUUACCACACCUCGUGGGGAAGGAGGUACUCUACGGUGGCACAAAGGCAGUGCUGGACAUGCUCGCCUCCUCCGGCUCGCUGCUCCACCUGCAGAACAAGUUCGUUCACAAAUACCCCUACGACUGGCGAACGAAACUCCCCAUCAUCGUGCGUGCUACCGCACAAUGGUUCGCCGACGCGGAGAAUAUCAAGGCGCCUGCCGUAGCCGCGCUGGAGGAUGUCAAAUUCAUUCCUGAGAGUGGACGGCCGCGGUUAACGGCAUUUGUGAAGGGACGGAAUGAAUGGUGUAUCUCACGGCAGCGCGCAUGGGGAGUCCCUAUUCCAGCACUUUACGACGCCGAGACGGGUGUGCCGCUGUUGACGGAGCAGAAUGUGGACCAUAUCAUCUCCGUCCUUAAGGAGAAGGGAACGGAUGCGUGGUUCACCCCCGAGGUCCCGGAUGAGAUCUUCCUCGCGCCUGAGUACAAGGCUGAUGGGAAGACGUACACCCGCGGCAUGGAGACAAUGGAUGUCUGGUUCGACUCUGGUACUUCGUGGUCAACACUCAAUGAACGUCUCGGGCGGGAAACAGUCGCCGACCUCUAUCUCGAGGGCAGCGACCAGCACCGCGGCUGGUUCCAAAGCUCGCUGCUGACCUCGAUCGCGGCGCGGGGUAAGCCACCGUUCAAACAGAUUCUCACACACGGCUUCGUGCUCGACUCCAAGGGGAAGAAAAUGAGCAAAUCCCUCGGGAACGUAGUCUCGCCAUCAGACGUUACGACCACGCCCAAAUCCUCAGUUCCGAAUAUCAACAUCCUCCGCCUAUGGGUGGCCUACUCCGAUUUCACCAAAGACGUCUCCAUCGGCCCCACCGUGCUCUCGCACGUGCACGAGGUCCUCCGCAAGGCGCGAGUCACCUCCCGCUUCCUCCUCGGCGUCCUCACCGACUGGGACGGGACAUACACACCGUACAGUGCGCUCCCACUGCUCGACCGCGUAGCCCUCGCGCAGCUCCACCGCCUACACACCACCGUCCUCGCAUCCACGCGCACCUACAACUUCCAAAAAUCCGUGACCUCCCUAGCAGCGUACACCUCGACCGCGCUGUCGGCAUUCUACCUGGACGUGACCAAAGACCGACUAUACUCCGACUCCGCUUCAUCCCCGCAGCGCCGCGCAGCACAGUCCACCGCCGCGCUCAUCCUGCGCAACUACGUCUCGCUCCUCGCCCCGUUCGUGCCGCUGCUGACACAGGAGGUAUGGAGCCACGCGCCGCCGGCGCUGCUUGCCGUCGUGCCCGAGGACGAGCAGCGCAUGCUAAAGUUCUUCACGCCCCAGCAGGAGUGGGAGCAACCCGAGCUCCUGGUCGAGUUCGAGAAGAUGCAGGGUGUACAUGAUGCUGUCAAGCGCGCGUUCGAGCGCGCGAAGGCGCAAGGAAGGGUUAAGGUUAAUCUUGAGGUUGAGGUGGACGUGGUUGUUCCCGAAGGCAGCGAGCUGAGGGAGACGGUGCAGAGGUGGAGGGCGGAUUUGGAGGCGCUGUGUAUCGUCUCUGGUGUGGAGAUUACUGAUGGGGAGAGAAAGGUGGGGAUGGAGGCGUGGGAGGAGACGGAGGAGUUCGAUGGAGGCGUGGUCAAGGUUAGGAAGGCGAGGCAUGAAAAGUGUGUUAGGUGCUGGAUCUAUAAGGCGCCGGCUGUGGGUGGGGUUUGUGGGAGGUGUCAGGAAGUGCUGGCGGGGGUUGAGUAG